GGAUCAGGGAUGCCGCUGGUGUAUAAACCACUGAGAGACUCGCCGUUGCGAAUUUGCAAUUUUUCAUUGCCCUUUGGAAAAAGGCAAAAACUGUCCGCCUUUGGGACUGGAUCUCCUAAGGGUGAACCAGGCGGUUGACUCUCAGCUGACAUCUUUCUGGCGCCCCCGCAAUCUCUUGUCUCCUGCGCAUCCCCAAGAAACACCAGGCACGAAGGCAUAGUUAGCCGGUGCGUUGCGCCGUCCCCACACAAUCCUUAUCCCGCUGAGCGGUGACUCUUGAAAAGUUUUUAUGGGCUGAUAGCUCUACCUCCCGUCCCAACCUCGCAAAGAGCCUCACACGCUUUCCUCCUAUCCCAGAUCCCCCGCACGUCCUCCACCACCCAGAAUGGCAGACACCAGACAUAUUUCGUACGGUCGCGGGGGCGCAGGGAAUAUGUCCCGGAUCUCGCCCGCACCCGAAACCGUCGGGGACAUGUCCUGCCCAACAAUCAAAGCAGAAGUCUACACCACCGGCCGAGGCGGCUCCGGGAACAUGGUCUCCAACGAUGAUCCUGAAAUCACAAGGGCAAGGCAAGAUGUUGAUGUUCCCCCGCCAGUUGUGGCGGGAACAGCCGACGAGGGAUGGUUUCACACCGGAAGAGGCGGCGCAGCAAAUAUCUAUUAUCGCUCCACUCGCGAUAUCAUCCACUCCGGGGACGACGCCACUGCACACGCUCCCAUCGAAAAAACCGCAAGCAACUCCAGCAGCCUCGAGCGCAAGAAGACAGACAGCAGCCUCGAACGGAUCAAAUCAGCCAGCCAGGAAGAGAAAUCGCGGAAGCAUCCCUUCGCGCAGUUCUUUGCACCCGGGCAUCAUCGCCGCGAUCAAGAGGAUCGUGAACGCUCGAAGAGCAAAGAUCGAGACAACGUUUAGGUGCCAUCUGGCAUAUGCUGUGUGACGAUUAUCGGACCGUUGUUAUUCGUAUUCCUCGUCUAUGGAUUUCGAACUGACUUGUGUCGCGAUCUAGGCCUGUGUGCCCGAUCUAGUCUAGACUGGUUCUGUGUAUAUGCCUUGAUAUAUGAUAUUCAUGUUGGUAUACAUAGGUUUUCAGGAGUUUUGCCGGCAUAUUUUUCCCUUUUUUUUUGGUUUUACUGCUGUUGUUUCUCCAAGUUCAUGUAUACAUGUACUUACGAAUGUUUUAAUGCGGGGGGUUGAUGGGGUCGCUCUCUUCAUUUCACUUCACUCUUUAGAUCCAUUUUCCUGUGUCUCCUGAGCAUUUCUAAUGUUGGUGAUACUGCAUGGAAGGCUUAAAUAGAUUCUCUGACCAGUAUCAAAAUCGAUGCGAUAGGUUAUAUUUACCUUUUUUUUAA